UACUACUACCACUGCUACUAUACUACUUUUACUGUUACUGCUACUACUAAAUCCACCCUCAAAUCUCAAAUGCCUCAGUUUCUCCUUUUCAACAUUAUUUUAAAAAUUGUUUGAUGAAUAUAUUUCUUAAAGUUCUGUCAGAGCAGUGUAAGAGACUAUAUUGAUAUUGGACAAUACAAUGUUCAAAGGAGUGUGAUAAGUGGUAUUAUACAUGUGACUACAGUGUUGGAUCUGUAAAACGAAACAGAAUAUAAAUGUUUAAAAGGCCCGGGAAAAGUAGCCGCAAGUUGCUCGUAAUGGUAUAUUAAUAAUUUUAAAUAACUGAUUUUAAUCUGAAUAUGACAAAGGUGUGAUUCUACCCUUUUGCUACUUAAAGAAAGUGGCUACUUUACGGCCUUUCGAAAUGAUAAUUCAAAACUUUCGUUUUAUAAAAGCAAAGGGAUGAUGAAAAAGAGGAUUUUGUGGUCUCUUGGUGGAAGAGGAGCGAUUGCACCCAAGCCCAGCUUUCGACCUGCUUUCCGUUUCACUCAAUUGUCGACAGGAUUUUGGUUCCCACCGAGUUACAAACCAAACAUAACGCAAAAGACAAUGCAGAGUGAAUCGAUUUCGAUUAUUUCAGUCGCACUAUUAUUUGCACACAUGUUCCAACUUCUAUUGUUUCUUUGACGACACAGUGGCGUGUCGCUCUUUUGUAGAAAGUGUGAAAUUGAACAAGAAUACUGAAUCGUAUAUUCUGAAGUCUCUUCUAAAUAUAUAAAUGCCGUUGAUGCACUGUCCACAACCAGUCAUCAAAAAGUUGUUCACAAGGAGAACUUGUAAUAACUGACAGAUCUGCCUUGCCUGGUUAAUCUUUAAUUCAUAGCUUUGAAUUGACAUUUUCAAAGGAAAGUGAAUACAUCAUCUUGUAGUUUUGUUCCCAAACGGCCAGUUUGGGGCCUUACAAGGAUCAUGGCGGGAAGAGCUCAUUUCAUUUUGUUAGUGAGUUUUUUAGCGGUACUGUGCUGCGUCUUUGAGCAGACAACCGCCCAAGAUGCGCAACUGGAAGAGAUCAUUCUUCAAGUCGAGAAGAGAAGUGUAGCCAGGAACGACGAAUAUUACGCUGAAGAUGAAAAUCUGGAAGAUGUAGCAGAUCGUUGGAGCUUGGAACCAAUGGACCUCCUCCUUCAGUUCAACAGCCGCAAGCGACGUGAUGCCAUCAAGAAACGCAACAUCAAAGCCGCUAAUGCACCCGGGGCCGCUGCCCUGGUCGACGACGGACUCGAACGCGGCGAGAGGUCCAGACGACAGGCCGACGGCGAACUGACGAAGGAGGAAGAACGUCUUCAGAAAGAAGCGCUGAAGGAGGAAAAACGUCUUCAGAAGGCAGAGCGGAAGAGAUUGAGGAUAGAAUACAGGGAGCGGAGGAGGGCGCAGAGGAGGGCAAGGAAGUUACUAAGGAAACUGGCUAAGCAAAGGAGAAAAGAAGAACGUAUACAAAAAAGGCUUGAUAGGCAGGAGUUUGUUAAAGCGAUCCGAACUGGCAACGAGGCUGUUCUGGAACGAAUGCUCAACAUCGACAUCGACAUGCAGAUCAACAUGAAUGAUAUCUGCGAACACUCGACCCACCACGGUUAUGCUGACGUUACAUGUGACCGCAGAGCUACCUACCGUACUAUGAACGGGUCAUGUAACAACCUUGAACAUACAAGCUGGGGUAGUUCUCUCGAACCCCUAGUCCGAUGGCUACCAGCGAACUACAGCGGUCAUGGAAGCUUUCUUCCUCGCAAUUACCACUCCUCCCCGCGUGAAGAAUCGACAUCGUUCGCCGAUGCAGAUGACGGCAGCAAAGACAAGGCACAAUCUGGUGUCAGUAUCCUUAUCAUGCACUGGGGCCAGUUCACCGAUCACGACAUCACACACACCCCUGCUGCCCAUGAGCCUUGUGACUGUGGGACUCUGAACUCCUCCUGCUUCCCGCUUCAAGUUCCGGGCAAUGACCCAGUUUUCAAGGACAGGGUAUGUUUUGAGGUGCCCCGGACCCUCGCUCACUGCGGUGAUAGUAAAGCGAGAGAACAGUUCAAUGAAAUCACAGCUAUGAUAGAUGCGUCUAAUGUGUACGGAUCAACGGAAGGAGAGGUAGAAUAUCUCAGGUUUCGCUCUGUGCCAGGGCUAACCAGUAAGGAGCUCGCCAUUGGGUCUGGUCGGUUACGAGUUCAAGAGUUCCCCGAGGAUGAAAACCGGGGUGCCCUUCUUCCCCACCAUCAAGAAGAAAGCGGCAACUGCUUCGGUGAGGACAAAAAACUCGGCAUCGUCUGCGGAGAGGCGGGUGAUUUUCGUGCCAACGAACAGCCGGGUUUGACAAGUCUUCACACCAUCUUCGUCCGUCUGCACAAUGAGAUCGCCGAGGGGUUGAAGAGUAGGAAUCCAGGGUGGGCUCGCAACAGUGAUCGCGUAUUCGAAGAGGCUCGGAAGAUUGUGGGCGCCACCAUGCAGGCUAUCACCUACAAUGAAUACCUUCCCACUCUCUUGGGAAAGGCGGAAUACAAAAAGUAUAUCGGACUGCGUUACUCGGGGUACGACUCCAGCAUCAACCCGUCUAUUUCGAACGUGUUCGCAACAUCAGGGUUUCGUCAGGGGCACAGCGCUGUAGAUGAUAGUCUUUACCGAUAUCAAGUCAAUGCAGAGGGUGAUGAUAUCCCUCUAGAACCCCUACCCAUUGCCAAGGCAUUCUUCAACGCCUUCUACAUGUAUGACGUCGCAAACGGCGGUAUUGACGGGUUUAUGCAGGGAAUGAUCAGACAAACUGCUCGUAAAAUCGACCGUUUCUUCAGCCAAACACUACUAAACCAGCUCUUUGUCAACCCUGAUGAGAGCGAUGAUGCAACUGGUCUCGAUCUCUUGUCCCUCAACAUACUCCGUGGUCGAGAUAACGGCAUCCAACCUUACUAUCGCUGGAGAAAAUACUGCGGUCUGUCGCCGAUCACAAAAUGGUCUGAUCUUAAGAAGAUAAUGACCGCAGAUACCAUUGCUAAACUCAAGAAAACAUACGGCAACGAAAAUGCUGAUGUGCAACUCAUCGACCCAUUCGUGGGAUUCGUCGCCGAGAAACCGGCCAACAAGGACGGGACUUUAGGCCCUACUCUAUCAUGUAUCAUCGGUCGUCAGUUUAAGAGUCUACGGGAGGGAGAUCGUUUCUUCUAUCUCAAUCCUAAAGGUCCACAGGCUUUUACUAAAGCUCAACGAGAUGUGAUCGACAAAAUGACUAUGGCUCGUGUUCUUUGUCAAACCCUUGACAACCCUGUCACAUUCCAGAAGAAUGUCUUCAAGUUGGCUGAUCACCGCACCAACCCAAAAGCUGACUGCUUCGCAUAUAAAUCCAUCCCUAAGUUUGAUCUUGACCCAUGGUGUGUGAAUGCCAACAAAUGUGUGAGGAAAGAAUCGGGCCUUUAGGCUUGGUCGACUGCAUAGCUAGUAGAGGAGGGAGGAGUCAAUAGUUCCCUCCCACAUUCAAUCGUAAUGGAGGAAACUAUUUAGGAGCUCCCGUAUCUAGUUGAUUCAGAGACAGUCGUGACAGCGGAAAUAGUUACUGAUUGGUCAGCCAUUUCAUGCAGCUCCAAGUUCACUUCCAUAGAGAUUGUGCAUAGGAGGGAACUAUUUAAGCUAUGGAGGCUCUCGCGUAUUAUGCUCAUGUCACAAUUUUCUCUCUCAAAUAAGUUAUGGGGGCUCCAUGAACCUAUGAGCGCGUGUACGCGUUUCACAACAUUGCCUUUACUAGCUAUGGGCGACUGUAUACGUACUGCCACGUCGUGGGUAUUUUAAGAAAUUAUAAUGAAGUCUUAAUUAUCUUGG